GUUUGUUGUGGGUGGUCCGGCGGUUGCCCGAAAUCCCGGUUAAAUUUUAUCUUGUCCCCGUGCCCAGCCACCGAGUUCCAGUAAAAUGAAGCGAAAAUCCGAGGGAGGAAACAAAAAGCCAUUCCAGCGACCAAAGCUGGAGUUGGUGUUUGAUCCACAGAAACGAGCAGAAUUCCUUGGUGGAUUCCACAAGCGAAAGCUCCAUCGACGGAAGAUAGCACAAGGAGUGCUGCAGCGAAGGCUGAAGGAGGAGAAGAAGCGAAUCCGGGCGGAAGCGAAGGAAAACAUGCGCAAGCUGUACCAGUCCCAAAAGCCCAUCCCGGAGCUGGCCGAUCUCGUUAAAGAUGCGGAUGAAGAUGAGCCGCAGGAGGAGGAGUACGAUACGGAGAAUGUGACGGUGAAGGUUGUGGAACUAUCCACGAGCGCGUUGGCGAAGGAGAACAACUGGAUCGGAGAGAACCGGGGUGCUGCCUUGGCGCAAGAUGAGACCGACAAGGAGAGUGGACAGAGCAGCGAAGAUGACGACGAAGAUGACCAGAAGCGGAUAGGUGUGGUCCCGGGCAUGGAACUGGAGGGAGAAAAGAAGAUCAAACACAAAUUCACACCAUUCGUCGAAACGGAGGAAGCCGAUGAAGGUGCAAAGGAAAAGAAACCGGCCACAAAGGAAGAGAAACCUAAGCAAAAGAAAGGACCGGUACUAAACCUGGAAGGUAUACGCUCCAAGAAGGAACUAAACCACAAACUGAAGCGCUACGCACUGAAAUCCAUGAAGUCAAGCCAAGCGUUCCGCCAGAAGAACCGCCUGCAGAAGCAGAAACAAUUGAAGCAAUCGCGCCGCGUCCGGCACUUUAAGGAGAAACAUCUGAAACAGAAGAAGGGCUACCGUCGCCCGUCCGCCGGUGGUGCUGGUGCCGGGGGACGCGGAGAAGGCCGACGAAGACGUGCGGAUGAUUGAAAAUGCGCCAUGUGUGGGGAUGUUUAUAAUAAAGCAGUUCGAAGCGAUUCAA